GUUACACAAGCCACUAAUCAGAUUGUGAUGAACUGUGCUGACAUCGACAUCAUCACAGCGUCCUUUGUGCCAGAGGGAGGAGAAGAAAUUAAUGCUACGGGAUUCAACUAUCAAAACGAGGAUGAGAAAGUCACCCUGUCAUUUCCUAGCGCUCUACAGAAAGGCUCCGGCGCGUUGAAGAUAGACUUCGUCGGGGAGCUGAACGACAAAAUGAAAGGAUUCUACAGAAGUAAAUAUACAACCUCUGCCGGAGAGAUCCGCUACGCUGCUGUCACACAGUUUGAGGCCACGGACGCUCGCAGAGCCUUCCCCUGUUGGGAUGAGCCAGCUAUCAAAGCCACCUUUGACAUCGCUCUGAUAGUUCCCAAGGACCGAGUAGCCUUGUCAAAUAUGAAUGUCAUUGAUCGAAAGCCAUAUCCAGAGGAUGAAAACCUUGUGGAAGUGAAGUUUGCCACCACACCUAUCAUGUCAACAUACCUUGUAGCUUUUGUCAUCGGUGAAUAUGACUUUGUGGAGAGCCAAUCAUCAGAUGGUAUAACGGUACGCGUCUACACACCUGUCGGGAAGGCAGAACAAGGGAAAUUUGCACUGGAGGUUGCGACUAAGACCUUACCUUUCUACAAAGACUACUUCAGUGUUCCUUAUCCUUUGCCUAAAAUUGAUCUCAUAGCGAUCGCUGAUUUUGCUGCUGGUGCCAUGGAAAACUGGGGCCUUGUUACCUACAGGGAGACAGCACUGCUAAUCGACCCCAAGAACUCCUGCUCGUCUUCCAGGCAGUGGGUGGCGCUGGUGGUCGGACACGAACUCGCCCACCAGUGGUUUGGAAACUUGGUCACCAUGGAAUGGUGGACCCAUCUGUGGCUUAAUGAAGGAUUUGCAUCCUGGAUCGAGUAUCUGUGUGUGGACCACUGCUUCCCAGAGUACGACAUCUGGACCCAGUUCGUCUCAGCUGACUACACCCGCGCCCUGGACCUGGAUGCACUGGACAGCAGCCAUCCCAUAGAGGUGAACGUGGGCCAUCCAUCAGAGGUAGAUGAAAUCUUUGACGCCAUUUCCUACAGCAAAGGAGCAUCUGUGAUCCGCAUGUUGCACAACUACAUAGGAGACGAGGACUUUAGGAAAGGAAUGAACGCCUAUCUUUUGAAGUUCCAACAUAAAAAUGCUUCGACGGAGGAUCUAUGGGACUGUCUGGAACAGGCCAGUGGAAAACCCAUCGCAGCAGUGAUGGGCUCGUGGACCAAACAGAUGGGCUUCCCAAUAAUAGUAGUGGACCAGGAACAGCAAGGUGACGACCGCAUCCUCAAGCUAUGUCAGAAGAAGUUCUGUGCCAGUGGACCACAUAAUGGUGAGGAUUGCCCCAACUGGAUGGUCCCCAUUAGUAUUUGUACCGGCGAGGACCCCAAAUGCACCAAGCUCAAGGUUCUGCUGGACAGACCCGAGACGACCAUCACCCUGAGCGGCGUCAGCCCUGAUCAGUGGGUCAAGAUCAACCCCGGCACUGUGGGCUUCUACCGCAUCCAGUACAGCUCUUCCAUGCUGGAGAGUCUGCUGCCGGGCGUCCGGGACCUCAGCCUGCAGCCUGUGGACCGACUCGGCCUGCAGAACGACCUCUUCUCUCUGUCUCGUGCCGGGAUGAUCAGCACGGUGGAGGUGCUGAAGCUGAUGGAGGCGUUUGUCAACGAGCCCAACUACACAGUGUGGAGCGACCUCAGCUGCAACCUGGGAGUGUUGUCCUCGCUGCUGUCCCACACCGACUUCCACGAGGAGAUCCAGGAGUUCAUCCGGGACCUGUUCACCCCCAUCGGCCUGGAGCUCGGCUGGGACAGCAAACCAGGGGAAGGUCAUCUGGACGCCCUGUUGAGAGGACUGGUACUGGGGAAGCUGGGGAAGGCAGGACACAAACCCACACUGGAGGAGGCCCGGCGGAGAUUCAGGGACCACGUGGAUGGCAAGCAGGUCCUUCCUGCAGACCUCAGGAGCCCGGUGUAUUUAACAGUGCUGAAGCAUGGAGACAGUGCCACAUUGGACACGAUGCUGAAGCUCCACAAACAAGCAGACAUGCAGGAGGAGAAGAACCGUAUUGAGCGAGUGUUGGGCGCCAUCUCUGCCCCCGACCUCAUCCAGAAAGUCCUCAACUUCGCCCUCUCGGAAGAGGUUCGUCCCCAGGACACGGUUUCAGUAAUCGGAGGCGUGGCAGGAAGCAGUAAACAAGGCCGGAAAGCUGCCUGGAAGUUUGUCAAGGACAACUGGGAGGAGCUUUACAACCGCUACCAGGGCGGCUUCCUCAUAUCACGGCUUAUCAAGCUAACAGUUGAUGGAUUCGCUAUUGACAAAAUGGCUGCUGAAGUGAAGAGUUUCUUUGAGAGUCACCCGGCGCCGGCUGCUGAGCGUACAGUGCAGCAGUGCUGUGAGAACAUCCUCCUCAACGCCGCCUGGCUGAAGCGCGACGCAGACGACAUCCACCAGUAUCUACUGCAGCGCAAAGCGCCCCCCGUCUGAGCCGCCGCCGCACCUCCCUGGCCGCCCGCCUCGC